AUGUCCACCGAACGAAGGAUCUCUCAAUGGCCGCAUCCGGAUCUGUUCAUGGAGAUCUACGCUGAUACCGGCCCCUCAUUAUUUGACCCCUACAUGCGACUUAAUGCCAUACCCUAUGGCAUUGCCAUUGCCGAUGUAGAAGCAUACAGCAAGUUCGGUCCCGAUGAUCGAUUUACAACCUGGGCCGACGAUCAGAUUAAGGAAGCUGGCGUGGACUAUGUAAGGGAUAACCCCACAUACAACCUCUUUGGCAACAACUGUUACGAUUUCGUGAAAGCUAUCGUUCGUCGUAUCACAACCAGGGGUCCCAUCUCAGUAGAAGCGACACGCGACCUUAAGCCAGAUGCUGCAGUCCUUGAAGUGUACCGAGCUCACGUCAGAGGCGUUAAUGAAUUCCUAACUGGUUAUGGCCUUCCAGAACAUGAACAGCUGUUGAAUCGUUUUGUGGUGGAUUAA